UAAAAACACUACUGUAUGAAGAAAAACUUGCCAACCUUGAGCCCGGUGCUGGCUUCAAGAUGGCGAGGGAUGCUCCAAUAUGCUCCACAAUAUCCUCAUCCUCUCCAGAAAGAAACCGAUGGAGUUCAAAACUUGGAAUCAAGCUAAAAUAUCAGAAAAUUCAAGGAAAAAAUAAACUUAGUAUCUCAUCAGAAAAUUCAUCAAAUUUCUUUCAGAUUUGGAGAUGGUGGCAAAGCGCUUACGCUUCUUCCUCCUCUUCAUUCUCCUCUUCAACUUCUUCAUCAACGUAAUCAUCUCCCUCGCCACGAUCCUUGGGGUUUCUCGUACAGGAUACAACCUUUUCGCUGUUAUUUCUGCCUCCAUGAGUGCCAUCUAUAUUUGCCUAAGAGCCUGUAAAAAGACAAAAAGGAGCGAAGAGCAAGAUGAUAUUUUAAACUUACCAAGGUUGCCCAAUAGAUUUUCUUUCAAGGAUUUGAAAAUUGCAACCGAAAACUUUGGCCAUAAGAUUGGACAAGGAGGAUUUGGGUCUGUGUUCGAGGGGAAGCUUGCCGACGAUACUAAGAUUGCUGUAAAGAGGCUGGAAGAUGGUAUUAUUGGACAGGGGAGGAAAGAAUUCUUGGCAGAAGUGGAAACAAUUGGCAACCUUCAUCACAUCAACGUUGUCAGGCUAAUUGGAUUUUGUGCAGAAAAAUCACAUAGACUUCUUGUUUUCGAGUUCAUGGAAAAUGGGUCUUUAGAAAAAUGGAUCUUUGGCAGAACUCCUGACACAGUUCUUGAUUGGCAAACAAAAGUGAAGAUCAUCAUUGACAUAGCAAAGGGCCUCUCAUAUCUCCACGAAGAGUGUAGGCAAAGAAUUGCUCAUUUAGACAUCAAGCCUCAGAACAUCCUUAUCGAUAAAAAUUUCAACGCAAAGGUUGCGGAUUUCGGCCUUGCAAAGCUGAUUGAUCGUGAUCAACGUGAAUUAAAUACAAGAAUGAGAGGAACGAUUGGGUAUUUAGCUCCUGAAUGGUUGACAUCUACAAUCACCGAAAAAGUUGAUGUGUUCAGCUUCGGAAUUGUGGUCAUGGAAAUUGUGUGUGGAAGGAAGAAUUUUGAACACUCUCAGCCUGAAGAUGGAGCACGCUUGAUUUCUCUUUUGCAGGAGAAAGUGAAGAUUGAUCGGCUCUUAGACAUGGUUGAUAGAAAUGAAAUUGAUAUACAGUUGUAUGGAGAAAAAGUUGUUGAGAUGAUGAGGCUUGCAAUGUGGUGUUUGCAAACUAAUAGCAGUAAAAGGCCAUCUAUGUCAACGGUGGUUAUGGUUUUAGAGGGAAACUUGAGCUUGGAGACUGAUCUUGACUACAACUUCUUCACCUCUGCAACACUGAAUGCUAAUGAUCACAUUUACAUAGCUAUUUCUAGUGAGAUAAAUAACUCCCAUCUUUCAGGACCCAGAUAAUAGCUUUGUUCUAGAACAGAUUAGUGAUGUUGGAUGGUAUCAUUGCAUUGCAUCAAGGCAUGUUCAACGAGUCUUUGAUUCGUUCUAUUACAAAAUCGAAUAAAAGAAAAAAAGAUAAGCAAGGAAGACAAAAAGAGCAACAUGAUCAUCUAAAAGAGACAUCUGGAAGAAACAACAGUCAAAUUAUGACCUCUCGUAAUUAGUAUGGUUUUAAGAGGUGGUUAAGUUUUUUUAUUGAGUUUGUAGUAUGGUAAGUAGUCAAUAGUUGUAUAUAUAAACAACUAUUAUUUGUAAUGGAGCAUAAAUUUUUGAAGAUAAUAAGAAUUGUUUCGUUUGCUCUGUUUUUAUA